AUGAGGUCGAACACAAAGGGAAAAUUCGACAUGGUAACGGUGAAGCAACGGUUCGAUGAGUUAAAGGGACCCUGUGUUUCGUUGGAGUUCUUCCCUCCAAAGACUGAACCUGGUAAGAGGAACUUGCUAGCUCGUAUGGAGCGUAUGUGUGCGCUGAAUCCGUUAUUUAUUACUGUAACAUGGGCUGCUGGUGGGACUACUGCGGGGAAGACUUUGGAACUUGCAACUAUUGCGCAACGUGAGUUAAAUGUUCCUGUUUGCAUGCAUCUAACUUGUACCAACAUGAACAAGGAUAUUAUUGAUGAGGCAUUGAAGGCUGCUAGAGAUGCGGAUAUUAGAAACAUUCUUGCCUUGAGAGGUGAUCCAGCUAUUGGCGAAGAAUGGUCUCCUGAUGCAGAUACUGAGUUCAAAUAUGCGGUGGAUUUGGUUCGUUAUAUCAAGAAAAAUUAUGGCGAUGAUUUCUGUGUAGGCGUGGCAGCAUAUCCCGAGGGCCAUUGUGAGGGUGAAGCCGAUGAAAGUUUGCAAGAUCCGAUGAGAGAUUUACCGUAUUUGAAGGAGAAAGUGGAUGCCGGUGCUGAUUUUAUCAUCACACAGUUGUUUUACGAUGUAGACAAGUUCCUAUCGUUUGAGAAAUUAGUUCGUGAAAAGGUCAGUUCUGAUAUUCCUAUGUUCCCCGGUUUGAUGCCAAUUAACUCACACCUUUUGUUCAAUAGAGCGGCAAAGCUUUCUCAUGCAUCGAUACCACAGUACAUCUUGGACAGGUUCCCAGCCUCGGUGCAAAGUGACGAUAACAGAGUCAAAGAAAUCGGUGUUGAGAUCUUGAUUGAAAUUAUAGAGCAAAUACACGAAAAAACCAACGGACGUAUCAAGGCGUUCCAUUUCUAUACUUUGAAUUUAGAAAGAGCCAUAGCACAAAUUGUGGCCAAAUCGCCUACAUUAUCCAAAAUUCUUGAAGAAGAAGAUGAGGCCGAUGAUGAAUGGGACUCAGACGUUGUCUUACAAGACGUUGACUCUUUGACUUUGGAUGAUGACAAUAUUAAGAAAAGAAAGAGACAAUCCAGUGCUAGUACUGAUUUCCCUCUGAAUACGUCAAUUAUCAAUAAGCUGAAUGGAAUGUCGCAUGGUAACCGAGUUCCAUCAGUUCCAUCUCGUAAAGUCAUGAUCUCCAUCUCUCAGGGUACUGGGGUAUUAGGUAGAAAUGUUACUUGGGAUGAGUUUCCCAACGGUAGAUUCGGUGAUUCGAGAUCUCCCGCGUACGGUGAAAUUGAUGGGUACGGACCAUCGCUCAAAGUUUGUAACAGCACGGCAUACGAACUUUGGGAUCAUCCGGUUUCUUUGGAGGAUAUCAAAAACAUUUUCAUACGAUACCUUGAGGGCUCAAUGAAGGCACUACCAUGGUCAGAUCUUGGACUUUCUGCUGAAACCGCAUUCAUUCAAGAAGAACUUAUAGAGUUGAACCAACGUGGAUACCUUUCCUUGGCCUCACAACCUGCAACAAAUGGAUCACAAAGUACUGAUAAUAUCUUCGGAUGGGGACCUGCCAAUGGUUUAAUCUAUCAAAAGGCCUUUGUAGAAAUAUUUGUUCGAAAGGAAGAAUGGAAUCAGGUUCUCAAACCAAAGAUUGAAAGCAAGAACGGUGAGUUUAGUUAUUACUUGGGUGAUUAUACGGGUUACUUCGAAACUAACCUACAACCUAAAAGCUCCAAUGCUGUCACAUGGGGUGUCUUCCCAAAUUCAGAAGUGGUUCAAACUACCAUUGUGGAAGAAGAAUCGUUUAAAGCUUGGAGAGACGAAGCCUUUAGUAUCUGGAUAGAAUGGAGCAAGCUUUUCCCAAAAAACACACCAGAAAAUACGUUUUUGAGGAAAAUGCAUAGAGAUUAUUACCUAGUUUCUAUUGUACACCAUGAUUUCAUCAACCCUGACGGAUUGUGGGACUUGCUACUGAGUUAG